AUGGCCAUGAUGGCAGGGCUUCACCUGCAGAGCUUGCCACGCAGAGUCUUAACAUCAGCUCCCUUGUCUUGCAGUGAUGUAGCCCCCUCUGUAGGUGCGCGCGGCAUCGCGAAGCGUGGGCAUAUACCCCGGCUGAUGCAGCGCCGGAUGUCAACGGAUUUUUUGGAACAGCUGCCAACGACGACUUUAUCUGCAGGAAUCAAUCAUACCUGUGCCAUUAGGACCGGUGGACUACUGGCUUGUUUCGGAGGGAACUCCAGCGGCCAGUGUGAUGUGCCACAUGAGUUGGGACCUGUUCUGGCCGUCUCCGCCGGCUGUCAUCACACGUGCGCAGUGCGUGCGGAUGGAAGGGUGGUCUGUUUCGGUCGGAACGCUGAAGGCCAGUGCGACGUUCCCCCUGAUCUGGGGCCGGUUGCGGCAGUUUCUGCAGGCUGCUAUCACACUUGUGCGGUGAGGGCUGAUGGUCGACUGGUGUGUUUCGGAGAGAACCAUGAUGGACAGUGCGACGUGCCAACAGACUUUGGCUCGGUUCUCACAAUGACGGCAGGCAUCUGCCGCACUUGUGCCACCAGGACUGACGGGCGGCUUGUGUGCUUCGGUGAAAACCCGAGAGGUCGAUGCAGCGUGCCUGGAGACUUGGGUCCUAUUCGGGCUGUUGCCAUGGGUGCUGCCCACACUUGCACUGUGACCGUGGAGGGCUACUUGGUCUGCUUUGGGAUGAACCACUAUGGCCAGUGCUCUGCGCCGCCAGACUUGGGCAAGGCCCUUGCAACUUCCGCGGGAACGCACCACACUUGUGUGGUGCGGGCUGAUGGCAGGCUGCUGUGUUUCGGAGACAACUUCGAAGGUCAAUGCAACGUGCCCUCAGACUUGAACUCCGUACUUGCAAUGUCAACAGGCCUCCGACAUACCUGUGCUGUAGGGGCCGAUGGGCAGCUGGUCUGCUUUGGAGAGAACUACCAAGGCCAGUGCAAUGUGCCUGCAGACUUGGGUCCGGUCCUGACCAUGUAA